UUUUGCUUUUUAUUCUAUGUGUGUGCAGAUCAUUGUGUUUGUUUUCACACAGCUUGACAACUGGCAGUUGCAGAUUUAAAAAAAAAUCGUUUUCAGAAACUGUGGAGAGUUCGCUUUUGGAAGCUGAACCAAGAAUUAAAGCAGUUUAACGCAUGCGCAGUUGUACAGAUUCCGUCGAACAAAUUUGAAAGCAAAACGUGUGCAACUAUGUCGAGGCGAAGACGUGGUUCCUUCAGUGACGAUGAAGACACUCGUUCGAGGAAGCGGAGGAGGACAAAUGACUUUCUGGAUAUUGAAGAACGGUUGGAAUCUUUGAUUACCAGGGUUGGAGAAAAGAGCACCUCAUCAUUGGAGAGUAACCUUGAAGGACUUGCUAAUGUACUUGAAACUGAUCUACCAAAUUACAAGCAUAAAAUUCUGAAAAUAUUAUGUGAAUGUGUUGUUCGAUUACCUGAGAAGUUAACUGUUUAUACAACUUUGGUGGGAUUGUUGAAUGCCAAGAACUAUAACUGCGGGGGCGAGUUUGUAGAAAUGCUGGUCCGAAAUUUAAAAGAAUGCCUGAAAGCAGGAUAUUUUGAAGGUGCCAGGAUUAUGGUUCGUUUUCUGUGUGACCUGGUCAACUGCCAUGUAAUUGUGGCUGGAUCGUUGUUGUCUAUGUUUGACAAUUUUGUCGAAGUGACUCUUGAAGAUAACAUUCCUCAGGUGCGAUCCGACUUUUAUGUUUAUGCAGUUUUAUCAUCUCUACCAUGGGUUGGAAGAGAAUUGUAUGAGAAAAAAGAAACUGAAUUAGAUAAGCUAUUGUUAGUGAUUGAGAACUAUAUCAGUAAAAGAUCAAAAUCUCAUGUUGCUGCUCUGAAAGUUUGGUCCAAAGAUACUCCUCAUCCACAAGAAGAGUACUUGGACUGCUUGUGGGCUCAGAUAAAAAAUCUGAAGAAUAACAAAUGGAUUGAAAGGCAGAUUCUUCGCCCCUAUUUGGCAUUUGAUAAUAUUCUCUGUGAAGCCUUACAGCAUACUUUGCCCCAAGUUACUCCUCCAUCACAUCACGAAGACACAAUUUAUCCACUGCCUAGUGUAGUUUUCAGGAUGUUUGAUUAUACAGAUGUGCCUGAGGGCCCUGUCCUACCUGGGAGCCACUCAAUUGAACGAUAUUUAAUUGAAGACCAGUUGCACAGUAUUAUUUCUACCAACCACAAUGAAAGAAAAGAUUGUGCCACAUUGCUGCUUGGUCUUCAUAAUAAGAACAAAAUACCUUUGAAUUAUAUGAUAGUUGAGGUUAUGUUUGCUCAACUCCUGAAUCUACCACGUGCUCCAUUUUUGGAAUUGUUCUAUGGCUCAACUUUGAUUGAGCUCUGUAAGCUGCAACCUAGCUCCAUGCCACAAGUUUUGGCUCAAGCAACAGAGAUGCUUUUUGACAGAAUAGAGUCUAUGAAAACCUCCUCUAUUGUAAGGGUUUCAAAAUGGUUUGCCUAUCAUUUGAGUAAUUUCCAGUUCUGUUGGAGCUGGGAUGACUGGGUCUCCUGUGCAUCACAAGAUAUUGAUAUGCCCAAACCUAAAUUCAUCCAAGAGACUUUAUUGAGAUGUCUUCGUUUGUCUUAUCAUCAGAGGAUCCAGGAUUUUAUGCCCAGCGAAUUUACAGCACUAAUUCCAAUGAAGCCUUCUGUUAAUUAUAAAUAUGAACGAGAAGGGUCUGGAUCUUUACCUGGUACCGUUGUUGCUCAUCAACUAAAAGAGGCCCUUAAGAACAAGUGCUCAACAGAUGAAGCUCUUGAAAUUCUCAAAGAUCUUCCCAAUCCAUUACAGGAUGAAGAAAAUGAACCUACCCACAACCCCUUAAAAAUUGAUGUUUUUGUGUCUACAAUUUUAUAUUUGGGCUCCAAGUCUUUUAGUCAUUCCUUCUCUGCAAUUGCAAAAUUUCAUUAUAUAUUUAAAACACUGGUCGAAAAUGAAGAGGGUCAGAUAUGUCUCCUAAAAACUGUGUAUGAUUUAUGGAGGACACAUCAACAGAUGCUGGUAGUCUUGAUAGAUAAACUACUGAAGACUCAGAUAAUCGAAUGCUCAGCUGUUGCUAAUUGGUUGUUUUCUGAUGAAAUGAGCCAUGCAUUUACAAGUUUCUUUGUAUGGGAAAUAAUGCACAGUACUAUCAAGAAGAUGAUGAAACAUGUCACGAAACUUCAGAAAGAAGUGGAAGAUGCAAGAGACAAACAUGAAUCAGCUCAGCAAAAGGCAGAUGAUCUGGAUCCUGACAAAGAUGAUGAAACCCCAAAUGCAGAAAUGAUUGAACGCAUGGUAGAGAAACUAGAAGCUGCUCAGAGUCAACAGAAAAAUUUAUUUCUUAUUCUAUUUCAGCGUUUUAUUAUUUUAUUAACUGAGCAUUUUGCCCGUUGUGAAGCUGAAGGUAUUGACUGGAACACCUCCAGAUAUAAAUGGGUUAUUGAACGACUUCAUGAAGUAUUUUUAACUCAUCAUGAAUUGGUGUUCACAUAUAUAAGUACGCUUGAGAAUCUGCUGUUCACCAGUGACAUUGAUGUACACAUCCUGGAAAUAUUCCAACAGUUCUGUGCACUUCGUUCUUAGGACAGUUUCACCAUGUUGAUACUUAGAAGUUCCAGAUUAUCUUGUUCAACAAGGAUUAGUCCUUAGAUGAUACCACCUUUCAUCCUCAUUAUUUCCAUUAUAGUUUUUUUUUUUUUCGUUUUUUUCUUCUCUCUCCUCCUUGUUCUUCCGUUGCUUCCCAAGGAAGUGGGAAGCAUCUUAUAGUUCAGUUUGUCCUCUGUUUCUCCUGCAGACAUCCUGUUGAUGUUUCUCUUCCACCUUCAGAGUUUCCACAGUGAAUAAUUUGUGCUGCUGUUUAGUUUGUCCUAAAGUUUGCUACAGUUUGAUUUUGUCCUACAGUUUAAACAAUCUUGAACUAUUUCUAUUUAAAACAAAAAAAAGAUCAACCUCAAAAAAGAAAGCCAGAUAGGUUUAAAGAGUUAUUUUAUCAUUGCUUCAUCUUUCUGAAUUGUUCAUUAUAAUUUUUAAUACAAAUAUAAAUAAUUAUUUUUAAAGCUGUGAGCUUAGUCCAGAACAGAACUGAUAUAAUUUUGAACAAAUUCCCUGAUCAAGUGACUAUCUGCCUGCUUCACCAUCUUGGCUAUUAUUUUAAUUUUAUUGGUUUUAGAUAAACCAGAUAUUAAUUUUAGGUAACCUACCCAUGGGUGUGUUUUGUUGUUCAUAUUUCACUGGCAGUCUUACUGUUUUGAGUAAGUUUUCAGUCCAUAGCCUGAUUUUUAAAUCAUUGUCAACAUAUUCUCUGUUAUUUUUGUUUUUAGUUAAUUUCUAGAGGUAUACAUUCACACACACAAUAUUUAGAAAACUGCUAAUCUGUAAUGUCUGACAGUUGCACUUGUAUCAAACAAAUUAUGAUUACUGAUGUAUACACUGAUACUGCAGAGAGUUCUUGGUAAACUGAAUGUAUGACAGGCUUCAGAAUUCUUGUUGGUAACCUUUUUUUGCUAAAGGGAAAAGUCUGAGUGUCACAAGUACCAAUAAGAUAUUUGGGUUAAUUCUCCUUUAUCUUCUGCUUAUGAAAUUAGCCUUGUGUCUAGGCAAAAUAAACUUAUUUGUAAAUCUCACAUAAGUUGACUUUGCUGUUUGUUCUUCCAGGGUCAAUAAAAUAAAGUAUCAGUCAAGUAGCACACCAGACAAAAUGCUUAGCAACAUUUUGCUCCUCUUUAUGUUCUGAGUUCAAAAUUCCACCGAGGUCGACUUAGCCUUCUAUCCUUUCAGGGUCGAUGCAAUCGGCUAUCCCCACCCCCAAAUUUCAGGCCUUGUGCCUAUAGUAGAAAGGAUUAUUAUUAUGAUUAUUAUUAUUAUUAAGAAGGAUUGUUUGAUUUAAUAGAAAUAAUGAAGUAACAGAUGACAUGAUUUGCAGUGUUUAGUUAUAUUCUUCUUAUGUUUUGGGUUCAAGUUCUGCCGAGGUCAGCUUUACCUUUCACUCCUUUUGAUAUAAAAUAAAUACCAGUCAGAUUAUUGGGUGUGAGAUUCAUGUAAAUUGACUACAUCCCUCCACCAAUAUUUUUCCUUGUUAAAAUGGCAGCUAGCUAGAACAUAGGAACAUGAAUUGCAGUUGCAGUGCUAGUGGUAAAAGAUGCCAAGAAGAAGUAGAAUUUCUGUAAACUAAAGAGUGUUAGUGUUACAUGGAAUACCUUGUGGUAUUUUAACUGGCUCUUUACAUUCUGAAGUCAAUAUAAUCAACCAUUCCCUUCCCUUUGAAUACCCAGGCUUGUCUCUGUUUUGAAACAGUUGUUUUUAUUAUUAAAAUAUCAGUGGAUUAUUUAAGACAGUCAUGGGCAAAAUAUGCCACAUGGGACUUUCUGAAUAGUACACCUAAUGAAAGAUUACCUUGAAUUUUUUUAGUCUUGUUUCAUGUGGCCUGCUUCUCAAAAAAGAUUGCCCUUGCCUGAUUUAGGGCAUUACACAGACUGCCUUGCACUAUUUUGUUCUGGCUUGUUAUGUUCUGAGCUCAAAUUCCACUAAGGGUAACUUUACCUUUUGUCCUUCUGAGGUUGAUAAAAUUAAAUUUCCAGUCAGUUGCUAGGGUCAAUACUGACUGUUCGUUCCUUCCAAAAUUUCUGGCAUUGUGCCUAUAUUAGAAACAAUUGUUAUUAAAAAUGGUAGUGGAUUGGCAGAAUUGUCAGUGUGUCAUACAAAAUGCUUUUGGUAUUUAGUUGUGUCCUUUACAUUCUGAUUUCAAAUCCCACCAAGCUCAACUUCACCUUUCAUCCUUCCAGGGUCAAUUUUAUCAACUGAACCCCUCCCUAAAAUUUUGUGACCUUGUGUCAAUGUUAGAAAUGAUUAUUAUCCAGGCAGUGUAUGGCCUAGUAGUUAGUGUGCUUGGCUGAUGAUUAAGAAGGUUGUGAGUUCAAUUCCUAGAACAGUCAGCACAUUAUGUCCUUGAGCAAAGUAUUUCUUUUCACAUUGCUCUAGUCUCCUCGGUUAAAAACGAGUACCAACAUACAACUGGUACCUCCAUCUAGCACAUCCUUGACGUUCUACCAAGUCAAGAGGGUAGCUAACUCUACUUGUAACUAUUUAGACCAGCAAAAGCAGGUACAUUCUACCAGGCUGUUCUCAAAUGUGAGUGAUGACUGUGGUUUGAGGUAGCUGAAACAGUUGAACAUUGAAGUAAACACCUUUUGGUAUUUAGACUCAACUCCUUGCAUAGAUAGGCAUUUCAUCAGUAACGAUUAGCAGUAAAGCAUAGGUAUUUCAUCAAUAAUGAUUAGCAGUAAACCUUCCUUUCCAAAAAUUAGCUUCGUUCCAUUACAAGAGAGGUAUAUAGCCAAAUCAGUAGAGCACAAGACCAAAUGUCAAGCAAUAUUUAGUUGCAUCAUUUUUUGUUGUGAAUUUAAAUCCUAUUAGGGCUAACUUUGCCAUUCAUUCCUCCAAGGGUGGGUUGUAAAAAAGAUAGCAGUCAUGUAGUGGGGGGUUGGUUUCAUCAUCUGUUAUCCUUCCUCAAAAUUAGGGGUUUGUGUCUAUGUUAAAAAUUGAUGUAUUAAUUGCUGAGGCUGACUCAGUCUUUCAUCCUUUUGUGGUUAAUGAGUACCAGCAGUGUACUGGGGUCUGUCUGUAUCAACAAUACCACCUCUCCCUCCUCUAUAAAUUUUAGGCUUUGUGCCAAUGUAAGGAUACCAGAGCAAUGGAUCAGCAAAAUUAUGAAAGCAUCAGACAAAAAUACCUUGCAGUAUUUGUUCCUAAUUUUUACAUUCUGAGUUGAGAUCCAGCCAUGAUUAACUUUGUCUUUUCAUCUUGGGGUUGAUAUAAUUGACUGUUCCCUCCCUGCCAAAAUUUCUGGCUUGUGCCUGUGUUAGAAUCAUUAUCAUUAUCAUCCCCAUCAUCAUCAUCAGUAAUACAUUUCUUAGUUGCCUCAUUUGUUCAACUGAUUUUAGUAAUUUUUGUCCCUUAGUUUGUCUCUGGUUACUAGUUAUAUCAUUCACACAUUUGUAGUAAAAUUAUUUUUUAUAUGGCACCUGCCAACACAUCUGUUUAGUUUAAUCAUUUUAAAUCCACUUAAUUUUCUUCUAAUUUUUUUUUCUCAUACUUGCUUUAGUUUUCUCUCAAAAAGUAAUUUUUUUUUCCAAAAUCAUUAUUUUUUUUCUCUUUAUAUCUUUAUAUUUGACAUUAAAUUUUAUCCAAAAUUAGA